AUUCCUGCCACAAUAACCCGAAUUCUGCUGAACCAUUUUAAAUGGGACAAGGAAAAGCUAAUGGAAAGGUAUUAUGGUGGAGAUCAAGAUAAGCUUUUCUUAGAAGCACAUGUUGUCAGUCCCCAUCGUCGUGACACAGGCAAAGUAACACGGCGCUCUGGGCGGAAUAGUUUUCAAGAUGACAGCCUCCUUUGUGAAAUUUGUUACUUCACCAGGGCAGUGGAAGAUAUGAAAGGCCUAGAAUGCGGCCAUCGUUUCUGUGCCCAGUGUUGGGCAGAGUAUCUAACUUCUAAGAUUAUGGAUGAGGGCAUGGGGCAAACCAUUUCUUGUGCUGCGUAUGGCUGUGAUAUUCUUGUUGAUGACAAAAGUGUAAUGGAAAUGAUAAAAGACCAGAAAGUAAAAUUGAAAUACCAGCAAAUUAUAACAAAUAGUUUUGUAGAGUGUAACAGGUUAUUGAGAUGGUGUCCAGCCCCAGACUGCGGACAUGCAGUUAAGGUGGCCCACCAUGACGCAAAGCCAGUGACCUGUGUAUGUGGCCAUACCUUUUGUUUUUCGUGCGGAGAAAAUUGGCAUGAUCCAGUGCGUUGCAAGUGGCUUAAACAAUGGAUUAAAAAAUGCGAUGAUGAUAGCGAAACAUCAAACUGGAUAGCAGCAAAUACUAAGGAAUGCCCCAAGUGUCACGUCACGAUAGAGAAAGAUGGCGGCUGCAACCACAUGGUCUGUAAAAAUCAGAACUGCAAAGCAGACUUCUGCUGGGUUUGUCUUGGGCCCUGGGAGCCCCAUGGCUCUUCAUGGUAUAACUGUAACAGGUACAAUGAAGAUGAUGCUAAGAAGGCCAGAGAUAGCCAAGAGAGAUCUCGUGCAGCGCUGCAGCGGUAUCUGUUCUACUGCAACAGGUACAUGAACCACAUGCAGAGUCUCAAGUUUGAGCAUAUGCUAUAUCAGUCCAUCAAGACAAAGAUGGAGGAGAUGCAGCAGCACAAUAUGUCGUGGAUUGAAGUGCAGUUCCUCAAGAAGGCAGUAGAUGUUCUGUGUCUAUGCAGACAGACCCUUAUGUACACUUACGUAUUUGCCUUUUAUCUCAAGAAAAACAACCAGUCCAUCAUAUUCGAAGACAACCAGAAGGACCUGGAAAAUGCCACUGAACAGUUGUCUGAGUACUUGGAGAGAGAGAUCUCCUCAGAAGUACUUCAAGAUAUUAAGCAGAAAGUUCAAGAUAAAUACAGAUACUGUGAGAGUCGAAGAAACGUUUUACUAGACCACGUCCAUGAAGGAUACGAGAAAGAUCAGUGGGAGUAUUUGGAAGUGUAA